GUACAUGGGCAUCAUGCCCAGCCCACGACCCUUCCGUGAACGUCACCCUGAUGAGUGACGGAGUGGCGUUACUCAACUGUCCCACUCCAAACACCGCAUUCUCUUCUGGAAGACGGACGUUGCUGGACUUGUGUCUGGGGACCAUCUGGUCCAUCACACCUCCCCAGCAGUGCCAGCCCGUAGCGACGACCCCGUGCACAGCUCCUGUCCCUGCUGCUCCAACCAAUGCAGUCGCAAACUUCACGUUCGUGGACAACACCAACACCACCUACGCUAUAUACUACGAGUGUGUCUCAGGCAGUACCUGGCUCUCAGGACAGCCAGGUGUCCUCUCGGAAUGUGUCCAAGGCUCGAUCACAGGGACACCCAAUGCGUCAUACUGGACACCAGUGCUCGACAAUUGUGUUCCGGCGUACAAGGUGACCAGGGACUGCACGGACGUGGCCGGGAUGGGCUUUACUUCUUCGGGUAUCUACAGUGUGAUACCCAGCGGUGUAACGUACGGACCCACGGUCAUGGUGUGGUGUACCUUCAACACCACGACUGACGUAUGGACCGACAUCCUGAGAACCUCAUCUUCUGCUGGCUUUGGUAAUUCCUUCCUUACCUACCAGAAUGGUACGGGAACCCAGGGAAUGACAAGCACCACCACAACUAAUUAUUUUAUCGGUUUGGACAAUCUGAGGAACUUGUCUGUCAACGUGGACGGUUCUCCCAGGCCUCUGGUCGUCCAGUUCGCGUUGAGGACGUCUGUAUCUACGAGGGUGUACUACGCUACCUACGGCAGCGUUACUGUCGGAGGCGCACCCAACUACACCUUACUGAGCGUGGGCAACUAUUUUGGUGAUGCUGGUGAUGGCUUCAGUGCCAGUCUUGGCUCCAGCUUCCUCCAGGACGUCCCUUCCUUCUGGUGGCGGCCAGUGAACAACACCCAGUGGCAGGCCCUCAAAAACAGUAGUGGGGCGUUCGUGAGCGCGACGCAUUGGGGACCCCUGACGAACGACAACAAACCAGUCACAUACAUUGCGAUGAGAGCUCGUUCCCUGACCUACGAUGCAGGUAUCGCAUGUCCGGUCAUUAACGUCAGCAACACGGACUGGCAUUCUGGUCGACAGAACUGGAAUGGCACGGUGCCACAAGCCCGCACUCUAGGCAACAUUAUCAACUACACGUGCAACGGAUCCUACAUGAUGGAGGGUCCUGAUGGGGGACCUUACACUGCACAAGGAGCCCGCAUCUGCCAGAAUGUCUCCGGGAUUCUUGUCUGGAGUGGUAAUCUCACGCUGCCUUGCCAGUUACGGUGUCCUAUCAACUUCGAGGGAUCAACAAGCCAGACCAGCUGUUACAAUGUGUCAACUGCAGCUUCAGUCAACCUGGGCAUCACUGGAGCAGCCAUUGAGUGUGCCCAGAUGAACGCCUCUCUGGCUGCCCUCAGUGACCUCCACGACGUUUUGGACUUGGAAGAGACUUACUUCUACUACACUGCUCAUCUCUUCAGUGCUUGA